CAGCAAACCAGGUCUCGGAACACGCACAUCCAUCUCAUUCUUCCACGUUUCUGGUCUCUGCAUUGGGGCAACUCAAUUAUUCGGCUACCCCGCGGAGUCCCCAGAUUGUCACCUAGCCCCAGGCCUCUAGUAUAUUAGGUCCUCUCUUUCCCCAUCUUCUUCUCUUCUUUUUCUCUCCGUUACGACCUUCCCCCUCUAUCUCAACCUGUCCCAUUGCUCGAAGCAAUCAUGGGUCUCCUCACUCUCGUUGAAGACAGGCCUACCCCUAAGGAGGUCUACAACUGGCGCGUCUAUGCCUGCGCUGCCGUCGCCUCGUUCGCUUCAUGCAUGAUUGGUUAUGAUUCCGCCUUCAUUGGAACCAGUCUUGCGCUUCCUUCUUUCGUCAAGGAGUUCGGCUUCAAGCAAAUGAGCGCCCACGAACUUGCCUUUGUCAAAGAGAACAUUGUCUCAGUCUACCAAGCCGGCGCCUUUUUCGGCGCUCUUAGUGCAUACAUCAGCGCUCACUACCUCGGUCGCCAAAAGUCUCUCUGGGUCUACUGCGUUGUCUUCCUCGUCGGUGCUGGUGUCAUGCUAAAGGCUGCCAACGGUGAUCUCGGUCCGAUAUACGCUGGCAGAGUUCUUACUGGUCUCGCUGUAGGAGGUGCCUCUAUGGUCGUGCCCAUCUACAUCUCAGAAAUCGCUCCUCCUGCCGUCAGAGGUCGUUUGGUCGGUAUCUACGAGUUGGGCUGGCAGAUUGGUGGUCUGGUCGGUUUCUGGAUCAACUACGGCGUCAGCACUACACUCCCUAGUAACCAUAAGCAAUGGCUCAUCCCUUUCGCCGUGCAGUUGAUCCCCGGUGGCCUGCUUGCUGUCGGUGCAAUCUGGCUCCGAGAGUCACCUCGUUGGUUGUUUUCUAAGGGCAAGAGAGAACAGGGUCUCAAGAACUUGCUCUGGAUCAGAAAUCUCCCUGCCGAGAAUUUUUACAUCGUUGAGGAGCUCGCAUUCAUUGAAGCUGCUCUUGAGGAGCAGAAGUCCACAGUCGGUCUCGGUUUCUUUGACCCCUUCAAGGCAGUUUUCAAGAGCCGAAGCCUCCAGUGGCGCGUGUUCCUCGGUACCACACUUUUCAUCUUCCAGAACGGCUCUGGCAUCAACGCCAUCAACUACUACUCACCUACCGUCUUCAAGUCUCUCGGCAUUGUUGGCGCUAACACCUCGUUCCUUACUACUGGCUUGUUUGGUGUUGUCAAGACUGUCUUUACGCUUAUCUGGCUGUUCUUCUUGAUCGAUAAGUUCGGCCGUCGUAACUUGCUGCUCGUUGGAGCUAUUGGCGGUGCUGUCUGUAUGACCAUCCUUGGAGGCUACCUUGCCAGUCCUCUCGUCGAUACUUCCGCAGCUUCGACAGCUGUUGCCAAGCCGCUCACCUCGGGUGGCUAUGCUGCCAUCUUCUUCUUCUACCUCUGGUGUGCCUUUUACACUCCCUCGUGGAAUGGUACUCCUUGGGUCAUAAACUCUGAGAUGUAUGAGCAAAACGUUCGUUCUCUUGGCCAAGCCAUGGCUGCCGCGAGUAACUGGUUCUGGAACUUCAUCAUCGCCAGAUUCACUUCUCAGAUGUUCCUCAACAUGGGCAAAUCUGGUUGCGGUGUUUACUUCUUUUUCGCCGGCAUGAUGUCGCUCUCUGUCGUCUUCGUCUGGUUCCUCAUCCCCGAGACCAAGUCUGUUCCUCUCGAAUCAAUGAAUAGACUCUUCGAGAUCAAGCCUUGCCGCAAGGCCAACGCCAUCAUCAUGCUCGAGGUCCAGGAAGCCGAGCAAGAAUUCCGCGAGGAUGCCGAGGGCGCUGGCUUGAGCCUCGAGAAGAGCAAGGUUGCUCACGUCGAGGACAGCGCUGUCUAAACGAUUAUACGUCUUACUGGUUACGGGAAAUGUACAUAGCGGUUUGUGUUUUAUAUCAAGGUCAAUCAGACCUCUCAUAUCAAGAACUCCUUCUUUCCAAC